UUAAGCAAUGAUAUUUGCGACGUUAAGGAGGAACUGAAGUGCAAAAGGAUAGACCAAGAAAAGGACCUUUCUCCCAAAGUAUUGAAUAAAGUAUAUACUGGCAUUGUAAAACGUUUUUUUCUUCAACACGUCUAUUCAACACAAAGCAUAUUAAAGAAAGCCCUCAAGAAUUAUCUUAACAAAAAUCUUUCUGAAUUCAUGUUGGGUAUAAGCGAAAAUAAGUUUACCAAUAAGUUUCACGGCAGCUGGUGUAGUCAACUUUUAUCAAAAAUGAAAAAUUAUCGUGGCUCAGCGUUGCAAAAUGUCCGCUCGUCUAUUUGGAAGGUCUUAGGCUGGGAAAAGCUCCCCCCACUUAAAAGUAACGCAGCACCCAGUGAAAUAAAUGAUUUCGAACAUGAUGGCCCCAGUUAUGAUUCUGUGAAAUCGAUUAUGAAUAAUGAACUUGCAGCACUCUCCCAUGAUGGUGAACCAGCACCAUCACAUCCUAAUGAUGCUGAACAUUCGAGACCAACCUCAGCCGAACGUGAAUCUGUUUCUAGAAGAUCUUCAGGUAUGCUUUCACAAGAAGAACAGGAUGAAUUAUUUGGGGCCGAUUAA